AUGAAGGUUCAAAGCAACUCACCUAUGAGACAAAAAUUUUGCACAUCGUCCUCCCGAUCUGUGAGCUUUGAAGAACUACCACCUUCAUCUCCUAAUUUGCAAGUCCAUCGAACCACCACUUCGAGAUCUGUUUUCAGGCGAAGCAGUAGUCAUGAUGAUGAAGGCGGUGGCGAUGGAGACGAUGGUGGUGUAGAUCUGAAGAAAAGGUCACCUUCUCCGGCGAGGCAAUCACGAGAAAGUGACGGUUCCAAAGAAGGUGACGCGUUUGUGAACAGUAAAGCUUUAAAUGGUGAUGGAGACGAAGAUUGA